AUUGUCUAUGCAUCGCUUCAGGCCAAAAAGGAAGGCACUUGCCUCAGCAAGUGUUGCUGGUCCCUAUUCCAAAUGGAAUGGUGUGAGCCCAUCUGAGUUCAACUUGACAAAAAGCAGUGGGUUUAUAUACUAAUAUCAGAAGCACUGUUAGCAAUUAUGUGCCCUUCUUUACUUUUGUGUUAGUUUCUUUUACACCAUCAAUUCAUAAAGCUUAAACAACCUUUAAGGAGAGGUAAGAUGACGACGACAACAACAUACCUAGCGUAUUCCCACAAAGUGGAGUUUGGUGACUUUUAGGAGGUAAUGUCACUGGAUUUAUGUAUUGCCAUUAGGAUUUAAGAUAAUCACUUUAAUAAACUCAUGAAUAGAGGAAAUCUACUAAAUACAUUACAAUCUUGAAAAUCAUACACAAUUGAAGGAAUUAUAUGCUCGGAGAUUUAUGGGGGAUAAUACAUUGCGUUUUCUUAUAAGAUCACUAUAUAUGAAAUUUCUUUUUUCACAAACAACUACAAUCUUUAAUUUUGUGUAAGGAAUUAGUUCUCAAUGUGUUUAUGUGUUGUCUUUGGAUGACCUCAAGUCCUCCCUUUUAUAGAAAAAUGUUGUAACUCUAAUUUAUUCAAGAGUUACAUUAUCCCUUAUUUUGUAACUCCAUUCAUUAAAAUAACUCUUCCUCUUUUAUUAUAGGGAGUUAUUUAGUGAAGUUGUAACGUAGUUCAUGAAUGAAAUAAGUUAUUCAUCAACCCAUAAAUGCCAAAAUUGCCCAAACUAGUCAGUAAUAUAUAUCCAGCUUAAAGAAACUGAGAAAUAUGCAUAUUUUCUCCAUUUCUUCUUAGCAACAAAUGCCUUAAACAAAGAAGAAAUCAAUUUUAUUUUACUCAGAUGGCUUAUUUGUGUUCAGAAACUUUCAUUCUUUUUAUCAUUUCAACCUUCUGUUUCAUAUGUUUUUCUUCUUCUACUCCUUUCAUUCUAUUGCAUGGAAUUACAGAGUCUUGCAAUGAUAUAGCAAGUACAUUUUACACGUCACAACUGAGCCGUAUGUCGGGAGCUUAUGGUCAAUGCUUAGAAAUCGGAAAUGGAGCUUUUGAUUCUGUCACUAUGCCUAUAGAAAAUCAGGUUCAAGUUGCCUGUGAAAAGGUAAAGGGAAUGAAUGAAUUACGACAAGGUUACAAUAUAGUUGCUCUCUCACAGGGAAAUAUAAUAGCCAGAGGGAUUAUUGAGUUAUGUGAUGGAGCACCUCCGGUUAAGAAUUUUAUCUCAAUUGGUGGACCUAAUGCUGGUGUUGCUAAUGCUGUUUGCGCUGGUGGACCAUGGUGUGCAUUUGGAGUAUACUCCGACUUUGGUCAAAGUCACUAUGCUCCUAAUGGCUAUGUGAAGCUUCCAAAUGAUAUUGGAGGAUAUUUAAGAGGUUGUAGGUUUUUGCCAAAACUUAACAAUGAAAUUCCCAAUGCAUUUAAUUCAACUUAUAAAGAGCGUUUCAGUAGCUUGCAGAAUCUUAUCCUUAUUAUGUUUGAAAAUGAUCUUAUCGUAACUCCAAAAGAAAGUUCUUGGUUUGGAUUUUAUCAAGAUGGAAGUUAUACCCAAGUUUUGCCACCACAACAGACUAAUCUUUAUCUAAAUGAUUUAUUUGGAUUACAAACAUUGGAUAAAGCUGGAAAAAUAAAGUUCAUAAAAGUACCAGGAUUUCACCUAGGAAUGGAUAUUCAAGAACUGGGACAAUAUGUUGUUCCAUAUUUGAUUGAUGGAGGAGCACCAGCACCAGCAUCAACACCAACAGUUUCUCCAGUAGUCCAAUUUUCAUUUAAAAAAAAGCUUGUUAUCAACGACACUGCUAUUGGAAAAGAAAAACUAGUAUUAUAAAGUGUAUUCAAGUAAUCUAAUGAGCUUAUGUUUUGCAAUUAGAAUAUAUUA